AUGUCGGAAUCUGAGAGCCAAUCCGACCGGGCAGCUCGUCGCACCGUCCCCCGUCAAUUCUUUUCCAGUGUCUAUGAUUACCAGCGCCAAAGUCCGUGGCCCCCGAGACCUGACCUGAGCGACGAGGUCAAUUGGGGAGAUUAUCCCACUGCGGAGCGAUACGAUCAGGCCUAUAGACUAUGGCGCCUUCUCAAUAAUAACGACUCUGGAGAAUUACCGCCUCCCCCAAUCUAUUCCGAGUUCUACGACCCAUAUCAAGCUCGCCAGAUUGGACCGAAUGAGGCACGGAGUGGUGCAAGGCCCGAUUUUGCUUCGGUGCAGAAUAUUCUCGUCCGAAGGGCGUACAAUGGCUUGUUGAACAUUAAUAGAUAUUACUUUCCCACCCCUGUCAAUAUGCCACACGACCAGAACCAGGCUGAGGCAGAAGAGCCGGAUGGACCUAAUGAGUUUGCUCAAUGCCCAGAUCCAGACGAUCCGCUGUUGGGGUUUCAACCCGCCGAUAUCAGAGCGAUUAUUCCCUCGUCAUCCGGGGACCACUUGUCGGCAAGGGAUAUCCGAGUGGAUGGGACGGCAUACAAUGGCGCCUGGAGAAAGGACGGACUCAUAAAAGCCCUGGAUGCGCGCGGGAUCAAUUCUCCUGCCCUGCGUACAAACCCUUUGAGAAAAGAUGCUCUCUUUGACUACGAGCUACAGAAGAGAACCACCAUUCGGGAAUUACCUCGAUCACAUCUGCCACGGUGGGGAUUGAACCGCGAGAAUCAAUUUAUAAUCCCCUCUGGCGAGAAUGAAACGUAUCUCCCGUUUGAUGUCUACACGCUUGCGCUCAUGCGCUCACCAUAUAAUCCAGCGUACUGGACCAGCAGGGGCUUCCUCUACUACCAACAGGGUCAUUAUGACCUUGCUCUUGGCGAUGCUUAUCGCGCUUGGUAUCUGGUAGAGGUGCUUGUCAACCCGUCGUACAAGAAUAAGCAGCCGGGUCUUCAUCCUCGCAUUGUAGACGCAAUCACAGAACAUUUGAUCCGCGCUGGAAAGGAAGAAAAGCGAGUUAUAAACGUUUUACGAGGGCCAAAUGGAAUUAUAUCAUUCAUACCGCCCUUGCGGCGAACAAUUCAUCACCUCAUUGCGCUCAGCCUCCUAAAUCUUCAAGCCUUUGAAGAUCUUCAACACAUGGAUACAAGCAUAUUGGCGCGACUCAGAGGGAAUUAUGCCGAAGAGCAGCCGUUCAAGGAUAGGCAGCACCAUCUAAAGAAUUUCAUCGCUUCAAGGAACCAGAAUGGCGAGAGAUGGGACCACGAGAAACGUUGCGGUCAUGUCAGAGUCAGAACUUUUCCACAGAAUGACGUUGAGCGCGUGAGAUAUUACAAAGCUUGCAAACAAAAUCUCACUGCUGGGUACAUCAAUCAGCUUCCUAAUACGAAUUCCAAGAAGCGGCUACUCAUAGUACGAUCGCAAUUCAAAGGUCUCGGCGUAUAUGCGGCCAGGAGCAUUCCUGCAGGGACCAUCAUUCACGUUGAAGAGCCCACACUCAGGGGACACUUGCAGCGGACUCCACCAUCCACACAGGACCUAUGGUACUAUUGUGAGAAUUGCAAGCGUCGGAUACUCAAAGGCGCUGCCGAUGUUGCCCAACAGACAUGGCAGAUGCUUCUCGAGGAAGAGAAGGAGCAAAACGAACAUGAAACUCUGUGCGCUUGUCUUGGAAGAAGCCGACGAGUCUAUUUUUGCGGAUUAGAGCCCGGUUUAUUCCAUAGGGUUGCUGCGGACAGAGAAGCUGAAGCUGCGCGACCACGUCGACGAACCCGACCCACAGCCAUGGAAGCAACUGAAGAGGCAGAGGCGCGAGCAAGGCGCCUUUCUACUCCAGAUCCUUCAUGGCGGGAGAGGAAUUCUUCCUCUUGCUUGCCUAUCGCGCGCAAACUCUUCCAUUACCGCUCCUGCGGCCGAGAAUGGGACUGGCUGCACGAAGGCAUGGUAAAUAUUCCUGCUGAUCCAGGGGCCCCCAAAAUCGCGCAGAACAAUGAACGCCACCAUACGCUCCUCAGUCUGCUUUUGCGCGAGGUUUUUGACCUCACACUACACGAGCGAGACAACGACCCGGAAUCGAGAAUUCUCGCGCACGAAAUUGAAGCGCUCUUGCCACUAUGUGGCGGUACCGACGCCGACAGGAUAUACAAAAUUGACGAGAUUGGUGACGAAGAGUGCACACAGACUUUUCCCUUUACAUAUGCCGCCAACAUUGUCGUGCCAUUUGACAUUUUGCAGGCUUUGGGCGUCAAUAUCUUCCGCAACCUCGACUUUGACACUUGGGUCAUUCAGACCGUCUUGCGCAAGCUCACUCUGAAUGUCAUACCCUGGGACAAGUCCCGACGCGGCAGGAUGAACUUGAUAAACACUCCUCGCUCCCACCGGCUCCUGAAUCCACCAGACCAAAAUUCUCUUACAGGAGCGCAGUUUGAGAAUCUGUACAUUCACCCGGGUUUUUCUCUCUUCAAUCACGCCUGCGGCGACGCCGCCAAUGCCGAUUGGUUUUGGGACCAGCCCGAGAUCCAGGAUAGCGAGUCUGAAUCCGGGUCCGAGUCUGACAGCGAGUCAGAGGAAGAAGAGGCCCAAGCUAGAGGAGGACGCCUCACUCUGAAAGCGCAGAUCCAGCUAGCAAGCCGAAAACGAAAGCGCGCAGAAAAGGAAACUCGAAGAAGGAAGCGCGCAGAAAAACGAGCAAGAAAGUACGGUGGUGAUGCUACAGAAGCCAAAGUGGCUGAAGAAGGAAAUGUGCCGAAUCGUCUCAUUGUGCGCGCGAAUAAGGAUGUACAAAAGGGAGAGGAAAUCACGAUUAAUUACUUUCCCGAGACCCAUUUACCGCGCGAUUCAGAGCAUCAUAUCCGUCUUCUGGGACAACCUUGUCUUUGUCUGAAAUGUUCUCCCAGUCGUUAUGUGGGUGGCUCCGGCGGAGGAGGAGGAGGAGGAGGAGGAGGAGGAGGUGGUGGUGGUGGUGGUGGUGGCGGUGGUGGUGGCGGUGGUGGAGAUGAUAGUAACGGAGGUGACGGAGGUGACGGCGGGAGCGGUGGAGGAGAUGGCGAACCGCCAGGUAGUAGUCCCGCUACUGAAAAGACCACUGGCACUGGCGACAGCAGCGGCAGCGGCAGCGGCAAUAGCAGUAGCAAAAGCGGAAGUGGCGGUGGUGAUGCUGGCCGCGGCGGUCGUGGCGGUCGUGGCGGAGGAGGAGGAGCAGGUGGUGCCGGUGGUGCUGAUGCUGGAAAAAAGGGCAAAGGCAAAAGACGACGGCAAGACGAAGAUGAAAACGAAGCCGAUGACAACGAUAACGAUAAUACCAAGGCUCCAUUGCCACCGAGACGGCCCGUGACUCGAUCUCAGAGCAAAACAAAGACUACCACGGCUACUGGCAGUCGUAGUGGUAAUGUCCCGGGAAGACUUACUGGCGACUCGAGCAAUAGUAAGGAUGUUCAAGAGGAGGACGAGCUGGCUUGA